GCCAGAUAACGAAAAGUGAAAAAAAAAAGAAAAAAAAAAGUUUUUAAUAUUCACGACGAACGAAACGCUUGAAUUGAACGGAAAAUGAACAAAGAAAACGUGUGACAACGGAUUUUUUUUCCCAUUCGUGCAACAUCAAACGUCGAUAAAAAACGACAUCUUCUCACGUAGCGCGCAUCGCAUCACAACGGAAAAGGCGGAAGUUGAGGCAGAGAAGCAAAGAUAGAAGAAAGACGACAAAAUGACAAUCACACAGAUCGAUUUUCUAUUAAUACUGAGUUGCUGCGGCGUUGUCGUCAAUCAGUGCAACGCAUUGCCACAAGUCAUAAAAAUUGCGGCAAUUUUCGAGAAAGAAUUAGCAGGAAGCGCCAUGGAGCACGUCUUUCGGUACACCGUGCACAAAAUCAAUCAAGAUAAGAGCAUCCUGCCAGCGACGCAGCUUGCGCACGACAUCCAGUACGUCAGCAGGAACGAUUCCUUUCAUGCGGGCAAAACGGUGUGUUCGCAACUGAAUGCCGGCGCUCAAGCAAUUUUCGGACCGUGUGACUCGAUGUUGGCGACACACGUGCAAUCCAUUUGCGAUGCAUUGGAUAUUCCGCAUCUCGAAUGGCGACUGGACUACGACAACGGCGGCAAGGAAUUUUCCGUUAAUUUGUAUCCGUCACAGACACUAAUGAACAAGGCGAUGCAGGAUCUCAUCAACUAUUUAAAUUGGACGCGUGUUGCUGUUAUCUACGAGCAAAAUCACGGUCUAACAAAACUCCGAGAAUUGAUGCGAUUACCCGGAUUAGAAGUGUUCGUACGUCAAGUCGAGCCGCAUACGUACCUUUCUGUUUUGCGUGAGAUAAAAGAGAAGGAAUAUUACAACCUUAUCAUCGACACCAAUCCGGAUUUCAUGAAUGAAUUUUUGAAAGGCAUCCUCCAACUGCAGAUGAACGAGUACAAAUACCACUAUUUUUUCACGUCAUUCGAUAUCGAGACAUUCGAAAUCGAGGAUUUCAAGUAUAAUUUCGUUAAUAUCACCGCUUUCCGGCUCGUCGACUUGUCAGACAUCGGCGUAAAGGAUUUGGUGAAAGACAUGGAGCGCUACUACCACUUUCGGAAUAUCUCAAUAUUCGACACGAAUCAUUACAUCAAGACAAAAUCUGCUUUGAUAUAUGAUGCGGUGUACGUGUUCGCCAUUGCGCUGCACAGUCUCGUUGAAGGCCUCGAGCUAUCGAACAAAUUGCGAUCGAACGUAUCGUGCAGCAAGGAAACGCCGUGGAACGGAGGCCUCAGUCUGGUCAAUUACAUAAAUGGGGUCGAAUGGAAAGGCUUGACAGGUCCCAUUGAGUUCAAAGAAGGACGUCGCAUCAAAUUCAAACUCGAUCUGAUAAAAUUAAAGCACAAUUCGGUCGUUAGUGUGGGCGAAUGGUUGCCAGACAUCGGCUUGAAUGUCACAGAUCGUUCGGCAUUCUUCGAAAGUAGCACCAUAAAUGUCAACUUGGUCGUCAUUACGAUUCUCGAAACGCCAUAUGUGAUGAUGCAUGACUCGAAAAAUUACACAGGCAAUGCCAGAUUUUACGGAUUUUGUGUCGAUAUUUUGGAUAGAGUGGCACAACAAGUUGGGUUCGAUUACAUUUUGGAUCUUGUGCCGGACAGGAAGUAUGGCGCGAAGGAUCCUGUCACGGGAGAAUGGAAUGGAAUGGUGCAUCAGUUGAUGAAACAUAAAGCUGAUCUCGCCGUUGGCAGCAUGACAAUCAAUUACGCCCGCGAAAGUGUCAUCGACUUCACAAAGCCUUUCAUGAACUUAGGCAUCAGCAUCUUAUUCAAAGUUCCCGCGAGUCCUCCAAGUCGCUUAUUCUCCUUCAUGAAGCCUUUGAGCAACGAAAUCUGGAUCUGCGUCUUUUUCUCGUACAUUUUAGUCUCAAUUACCGUUUAUAUCGUUGCUCAUUUCUCCCCGAACGAAUGGCGAAAUCCUCAUCCGUGCGAAAUUGAAAAUAAUUUGGUCGAGAAUCAAUUUAGCAUUUCCAAUAGCUUUUGGUUUACAAUUGGAACUCUCAUGCAAACUGGCUCAGAUUUGAAUCCUCAAGCAACGAGCACGAGAAUCGUUAGCGGGAUUUGGUGGUUUUUCACGUUGAUCAUGAUUUCGUCUUAUACAGCGAAUUUGGCAGCUUUUUUGACGGUUGAACGAAUGAUCACUCCGAUCGAAAAUGCUGAAGAUCUUGCCUCUCAAACGGAGAUCGCCUAUGGAACGCUUGAUUCUGGUUCAACAAUGACCUUUUUUCAGGAUUCUUUGAUCGAAACUUACAAGAAAAUGUGGCGUUUCAUGGAAAAUCGAAAGCCAACUGUCUUUACUUCGACCUAUGAAGAGGGAAUUCGUCGAGUUCUUCAAGGCAAUUAUGCGUUUUUGAUGGAAUCAACAAUGUUGGAUUACGUUUCUCAACGAGAUUGCAACCUUACACAGAUCGGAGGGCUUUUAGAUACGAAAGGUUAUGGCAUCGCAACGAGCAAAGGAAGUCCCUGGCGUGACAAAAUUUCAUUGGCAAUUCUCGAAAUGCAAGAAAAAGGCGAGAUCCAAAUGCUUUACGACAAAUGGUGGAAGAAGCGAGGCGUCACGUGCGAGCGCGAAGAUAAAAAUAAAAACCACAAAACAGCAAAUGCGCUCGGCGUAGAUAACAUUGGCGGCGUUUUUGUCGUUCUCUUAUGUGGCUUAGCUUUAGCUGUAACGAUCGCCAUUCUCGAAUUUUGCCAAAAAUCCAACAAAGAUGCGUAUAACGACCCGUUGGCGAUGCUGAAUCAACGACAAUCUUUAUGCGCGGAAAUGACGGAGGAACUUUGUUUCGCCCUUUGUGGACCAAAUUCCCAAAAACGCCCGGCAUUGAAGCGAAAAUGCUCAAAAUGCAUGGAAAAUAAAGCGUUAAAUGGUCAAAAUCACGCGAUGAAUUACAAUAGUAGCAAUCGUAGAGAGUCAAAUAUGAAGAUGAUCAAUUAGAUUGAUGUCCA